UUAUCGUCUAGUGACUGUGUAAGUUCUUUAAAACUCCCUAGACCUGAUAAAAACCAGGUGGUUGAUAUUUCUUGUAGCUCGCAGGCAAGUGAAAAGGCCAGACAGGUGUUAGUUUGUCCUCGACCCUCAACCGGUAACGCUAUCGCAGUUGGCUUUCUUAUAUUGUGAGAUUCGCGCGUUCUAAUCACAUGUCUCAAAUUUUUAAAAUUACCUUUUUAAUAAAAAACAGAAAAAUACUGUAAAAAAAAAUUUUUUAAACAAGUUUUAGUGAAUAAAAAUAAGCAAAUAAAAAAAAGAAGAAUACUUGCAUUCAAGUACGUCCGGUUUUUCCUUCACGGCAAUGGUACGCGAACAAUCUCGUGAUUUCUUACAGACAUCGGUGAAAAUAAAAUAAUAAAUAUGUUUAAUUAUAUUAUUAUUAAUUAAACCCAGUUUAUUAUAUCUGUUUUUGUUAAUAAAGAAAUUUUUAGUUUGAUAUUAUUAUUAUGAGAAGGGAGGUGAGAUCAGAAUGCGGGAGGAAGAACUCGAGAUAUCACUCAAGGUGGUCAUAGUAGGAAAUGGUGCAGUCGGCAAGUCCUCGAUGAUCCAAAGAUUUUGUAAAGGAACGUAUACAAGAGAUUAUAAAAAAACUAUCGGUGUAGAUUUUUUAGAACGAGAAAUAGAAGUCGAUGGAGAAGACGUAAGACUAAUGUUGUGGGAUACUGCUGGCCAAGAAGAAUUUGAUGCAAUUACAGCGGCUUAUUAUCGCGGUGCUCAUGCGUGUGUUUUGGCGUAUUCAUCAACAGAUCGGGAUUCCUUUGACGCCAUUCCAUCUUGGAAACUCAAGGUAGAGAAUGAAUGUGGAGAAAUCCCAACAGUCUUGGUGCAAAACAAGAUUGAUCUUGUUGAUCAGUGUCAAAUAGAUCCAAAUGAAGCUGAGAGACUAGGCCGAGCCUUGGGUUGUAAACUCCUACGUACAUCCGUCAAGGAAGACGUGGGUGUAGUGAGCGUUUUUAGGCAUCUGGCUUCAAAAUGUUUGAUAGAAAUGCGCAGGUGUGAAGACGACUAUCAAGAUGACUUGAGAUUGUACUCAUCAGGACCACGAUCACCUUCUGUUAUAAGUGCUUUUAGUCCAAAUGAAUGUACAGGUCGUAACACCGGAAAUGGAACAAUUGUCCUCCGACCGAGUGGUAGAACUCGACACCACAAAAAGAAAAACUUUGUCAAGAAUGUCUGUAGACUCUUGUGAAAUACAUAAAUAAGUACAAGUAGUAAUCCAAUUAAUAUUUUAUCAAAAUAUUUAUAAUAACUACUUGAAAAAUCAA